AUGGCUGUUGACAUUGGGGACCCCAAGAGUGGUUUCCGCCACUGCGAAGUGGUUCUGUUCAUCAAUGAAGAGGUGCUGAGGAAUGGUGGUGGCCCUGGCUUCUACCUGACCUUCCGUUCACGACCCUGGAAGGAUAUAGAAGAUGGUCUGAGGUCUGUCGUGACCGAUACCCACGUGCCGCGCACCAUCAAGAGGGCUUGCGCGUGGAGUGCUCUGGCCCUGGGAGUGAGGGUGGCUACGAGGCAACGAGAAAAGCAAUCAAAACGCGUCCAGCAGCUGCACUAUCAGGUAGAAGAGCAUGAGGCUGCCACCUGGACUUUGGCUACAGACCUACAAAGGCUGCGCGAGGAGCGUGAUGAAGUGGUUUCUGAGCUUCGCAGUGCAAGAGACAAUCUGAAGAAAGUGUUACAGGAGCGUGAUAUGCUGCACAAGAGGCUGAUUGAGUUCGAGCUGUCACAGCAACUCCUCGCUGAGUCACAAGAUACUGAGUAUCCAGGUACUCUGCCGUGGCCUCUGAUUAACAAAGAACAUAGAGAGGCUCUUGGCAUAGGCUUGCGGAGUGAGCAAUAUGCAGUGUCCCCGAAGAAACCCCAGAUGGCAUCUGUAACAGUUCUAGAAACUUUGCAUGAAGCUGAAGAACUCCCAGCUUCCGAUGUGUGA